GCUGGAGAGGGGGCGUGGCCUCGCUUUGCUAAGACGAACGCAGUUUAGCCAGCUAGCGAGUUAGCUUCCUGGAAAUGGCCACCUGGGGGAAAGUUACCGCUCUCCUGAGGGGUGUCUUGAGGAGCCCUCGAUCUCUGAAAACCUUCGCACAGUACCGUACUGUCGGUCGCGGCAUUGUGGCCUCUGUAAUUGGCACCGGGGUUGUCUGUUAUUACCGGUAUCAUGUAAACAACAGGACUCUGCCCUUCGCCGUUUAUGCUAAGGAAGAAAAAGAAGAUGCAGCUCCCCAGAUGUCUGCAAGGAAAAUCCGCUUCAUCCAGUUUGCCUCAGUCGUCCAUGAAGAGGAGCCCUACAUGACCCCCAGAGACUUCCUAUUCUCUGUGAUGCUGGAGAAAGUUGAUCGAAAGCUGCAAAAGAAAAUUUUAACCAAACAGGAUGUGAACGGUAUGCUGGUGGCUGCCUCUAAAGCUCGUGCUGGUAAUGAUCUCUUCAGAAACUUGGGAGAUAAAGGUUUGAUAUCCUACACAGAGUAUCUGUUCCUGCUGUCCAUCCUGACCAAGCCGCGCACUGGAUUUGAUAUAGCCUUCAAAAUGCUCGACAUUGAUGGCAACGAGCAUGUGGACAAAAAGGAGUUUUUGAAACUCAAGAAAAUCAUGGGAAAAACUAAACUGCGAGCCCCGAUAGAUACUACAGAGAAAACCACAGAAGAAGGAGAAGGUGUGAACACAACACUACAGGCCUACUUCUUUGGAAGGAAAGGGGACAACAAGUUGCAGUAUAAGGACUUCUGCCGGUUCAUGGAGGACCUACAGGCUGAAGUCCAGGAGAUGGAGUUUCUGCAGUUUUCCAAAGGUAUGGACACCAUGCGGAGGGAAGACUUUGCAGAAUGGCUGCUACACUACACCAACGAAGAAGACAAUGAAGUCUACUGGGAAAACAUGAGGAAGAAGAUACCGGCGGGUCAGAGUAUCGCAUUCGAUGAGUUCAAAGCCUUCUGCCUGUUCACCAACAACCUGGAAGAUUUUGCCUUCUCAAUGAAAAUGGUCACAGAAGCCAACCGUCCUGUGGGCAUGGCCCAGUUCAAGCGAGCUGUGACGAUUGCCACAGGCCACGAACUCUCCGAGAACGUGCUGGACACAGUGUUUAAGCUUUUCGACAUAGAUGGAGACAACUGCCUGAGCCACAAGGAGUUCAUUGGUGUGAUGAAUGACCGAGUACUGCGGGGUCUAAAGGUGCAGCCUCAAAAUGGCAUCUCUGGCUACUGGAAGUGUGUGAAGCGGGAGACCCUGAAGGCAGCCCAGGAGGCCCUGGUAGACGGCGGGUGUCCCAUCUGAAGCACUGAUAUGCACCGUGAUCAUGCUCACCACUUCUGUCUUUUCUUCAGUUGUAUGAAUGAAAUUAAUAACUGCAUGUAAAUGAAUAUAGGUUUAUACCACUGUCUUUGUAAAAGUAUGUUUACAGCUAAACACAUUUUGGUUUGAUAUUAGUUAAAGCUCUUUGGGUUUGCUUGUGGUGUUUACAAUAUUACAUAUAAUUGUUUGGUCAAGCAUUUUAUCCUGUAUGGCUGAUCACUAUUAAACAUUCACAUGCACUUAAGGAG